AUGCCGUCGAUGAGCAUGCCUCAGCAGGCCUCCACGCCAAGAGGGCCCUCGAGCUCUGGCUGCCCCUUGUUGUCGAGUGUUGAUUUGGCAAAUAAUCGUUUCUUUGGUCAGCUGGGGGGAAGCGGGAGUGAAGAAGAUGGGACAUCGUGGUGGGAGUUGGGUCAGGGGACUUGCCAGGUUGGCGACGACACUAAUAACUACGACAGCAACAACUACGACAGCAACGAAUACGGCAACAGUCUUGAGCGUCUCGGUUUUGAUUGGGUACCACCAUACUUACCCUGUGAAGGCUCAGGGUUGAACCUUGACGAACAUUUUCCAGACCUUUCGGCGAACACUCAAAACAUAUGCGAUGCAAUUUACAACGCAAGCCAGGACCCCAAUGGCCUUGUAUCGCAGCAUCUCGACUUUUGUCCACCACUCCAGCAGAUACGCACACUAACUGGAAAUGACGCCGACGUUUCCGCGUGGGAUUCGGGUCCUGUCCCAAGACCGAUAAUCCAAGGUCUUCCACUGAUGCAGCUGGACUGGCCUUCAUCACCGCUUGUGGACAUGCCGAUGCAAUACUGGAAUCUUCAGUACACCUCCAGUUCCACUCUCCCCACGAAUGGGGAUCAACUGGCUGCGAACCUUCAGCUUGGGCAAAACAUCUCUUCCUGUAUGAGCCCCUAUGGAUGGCAAACCACCAGCAGCACAAUCACGGCACACACUCCGGACAUGGCAUGGCAAACAAGUACCGGAAGCAACUCGUCGACAAGCCCCAUUAGCUGGAACAGUGAUCAGUUCGUGUGCGAUUAUCCCAGCUGCAAGGUUACAAAACCCAGUCAGAAAGAGCUCAAGCGCCACCAAAAGUCACACAAGAAACCCCACGUGUGCGAUGAGCCCGGAUGUCAGUUUGCAUUCGCUGCUCCAGCACAGCUAGAACGGCACCGCAAAACACACCGUCGUGGAAACCUGGACGCGAGUGAAAAGUAUCAAUGUCCAACCUGUUCGAGGACUUACACUCGUAAUAUGUCUAGGGGGUUUGUUGGAAGUUGCUGGACGCGCGUUGAACUGGGACACAUCCAGGAUCGGGCUGGAUUGUCCAUUUUCCACGCUCUCGCAGAAGCGGAGGAGUCUCAAUGGUUGUGGCAGCAAUAUCAGAUAACAACUGACGUUGAAAAACCGGCGCUAGGCAUGGCAUGCUGGGGUGACCGUUGCGUUCGCCGACCCGCCAAGGGCUUUUAUCCCUUCCCGGCUCUGUAG